UCAUUUUCCGGCGUGAAACGCUAGAGCAGCCAUUGCCCGCCGCGGUUUCUGCCUGGGAUCCAGCGGGAAGGCGGCGAGAUGACGGACCGCUACACCAUCCACAGCCAGCUGGAGCACCUGCAGUCCAAGUACAUCGGCACGGGCCACGCCGACACCACCAAGUGGGAGUGGCUGGUGAACCAGCACCGCGACUCCUACUGCUCUUACAUGGGCCACUUCGACCUUCUCAACUACUUCGCCAUUGCGGAGAACGAGAGCAAAGCGCGAGUCCGCUUCAACCUGAUGGAGAAGAUGCUGCAGCCCUGCGGGCCGCCGGCCGACAAGCCCGAGGAGAACUGAGACCCCGCCGGGUCCCCGCCGGGCGGAGCGUGGCUCCCCGCGUCCCUCCCGUGUGCCGUGGCUCCCCGCGUUCCCGCCCCGGGGCGACCGGUUCUCCGUGGCUGCUGCUCCCCGUGCUUUCCCGGUGCAGAGGCGCUCACCCGCGGCGUCUCGCCCGACCUGCCUUCCUCUGGACGCCUCGGAACAGGGCGUUGGGCGACCGUCAGGACCCCUGGGGACCGCGACCCUGGAGAGAUCCCAACGCCAGCCAGCGUUAAGGGGACACGGCACUGCAGCGAGACGGCGUUCGGAGGCUCGUUUUUGGCCGGUUGAUUGUCGUUGUUGCCUUUUCCAUAAAGUUUAGAAGUUUUUCGGUC